CCUGUUCUUGUUUAAGUCCCCUCCAUAUGUGAGUGAUUUUUUGUGCCCUAUAAAUACUUCAAGAAGAGACAACUCUAGGCACCUUACUCCAUCAUGUUGGCUGUGAUCUCAUUCGCUGUGUUGGUGGCCGUGGCGUCUAGUGCGCCCCAGGAGCUCCGGCAUCAGCAACAGGUACAUGCCUACCUGUUACCUGCAGUUGCUCCCGUACCUACCACCCAGAGCGCGCAGAUCGCCUACCUUGUGGGUGCUCCCAGCCAAUACCAGGUAUCUUCUUUCCAACCAUCUCAACAAAUUUCCACGAUAAAGUACAGUCAGCCUCAACCUCAACAAGUGCAGGUGCAGUAUAAGGCCCCUGAGAUCUACAACAGGGUGUACAGUCAGGCUGCGCUCUCCCCUGCUCCAGUGCCAACCGCUAACAAGGCCCUCGUCAGAGGGUAUCAGGUCCAAGAGGGACAGGUGCCCCAGUGGGCCAUCGUCAGGUCCAGUUUGGACAACAAUUUCGAUGGUCGUUUCCAAUACGCAUUUGAGACGGAAAAUGGAAUAGCUCUGAAUGCUGUUGGUGACGUGAAGCAGCUGAGCCCCCAGGAGCAGGCUCAGGUGAUCCAGGGCAGCUACAGCUACACGGCUCCUGAUGGUCAGGUGAUCACCACCUCCUAUACUGCAGACGAGAAUGGUUUCGUGGCUCAAGGCAACCAUCUGCCCGUAGCGCCCGAGGAACCCGAGCUGCCACCUCUAAUAGCCAAGAGCCUGGCGUACAUCAGGAGUCUGCCUCCACAACCAGAAAACCAGCAAUAAAUAAUAUAAUAAUCUGCUGAGCUCUCAGAACUAAUAAUGAUAUCGUCUGAAACAGGAAAUUAAAUAGUGUUUAUACAAAUGUACAUAAUCAUAACACAACCAUUCAAUAAACGAAAUUAAAAUGUAA